AUGUUGGCGCCGAACAUCACGACAAAAAGAAAAGUGUGUUUUUCUUUUUGUUUUGAGACCCACUCGGCGCGGACAGUUUGGGCUUACGAUGUUGUAUCAAUCCCACUGUCGAACCGUAACUACCUAUGUAGUUUUGAUGUGGGACUCGGUGGUGACCGGGACGUCGGGCAGCAGUGGCGACAACAUCAUCAAACCAGUUAGUGCGGGGAUUAUCACAAUCGUCUAACUGGUUAUUCACUGUUCGCGGUCAGCUGUCCGAACAGACCGAGGGAACGACACCGGACGGCCAACUCGUGCAUAUUGUUAUCAGCAACUGAUGCACAAAUUUUGUAACAUUACACACUAUUAGAUAAUUAACGACAAAUCCAUCGGGCGCAAGCCCAUUUUAACAUUAAAAUCUAUACAAAGCCACCAGCUUUGAAAAGCCUGUCAAUUUGUCAACCAGUUCAAUCAAAUAAUGCACAAAAACAAAAAAAUAAAACGUCACCAAAUAUUACACCCAAAACCUCUCCUAAACCAAAUCCUCUAAGAACCACAUCAAGUCCUAGUCCACUGCAACAAUCCUCAUCAAAAAGUACACAAAAUGUCAUCAAUUCAGAAACCUUUAACAACAUAGAUAACAGUAAACAAUCUUUCGCCUCCACAGUCGCAAACAGCCUAAUACCGAAAAAAGACCAAGCAAUAAUAAUCGAUAUAAACGAUAACCUGCCGCAUAUAGAUUACAUAAUCGCUAUCGGUAAAUUAGUUCAACCUGCGAACAUUCUAUUCGCGUCCCGCAUAUCCAAAGGACGCAUAUGUAUUUUAUUAUCAAACAAGUCAUUAAUAGAUAGUCUAAUUAUAAAUCAUCCAAUUAUUUCAAUACAAAACCAACAUUUCAAAUUACGUAAGCUAUUUAAUCCAAACAAAAGAAUCAUACUGUCCAACAUCUACCGGAACAUACCUCCGGACAUUAUCGCGAACGAAUUUGUCAAAUUAAAUAUACCUCUCUGCAGUCCAAUAACUUUUUUAAGAGCUGGCAUCCAAGUCGAAGAUUUUAAACACAUUUUAAGCUUUCGUAGACAAUCAUUCAUCCAACAUGAUGAAUAAAACUCCCACUCUCAAUUCUUAUCAAUUAUGAAGACUCCGACUACCGGAUUCUUUAAUCUGAUGACUCGUUAACCUGCUAUUUAUGCAAGUCCCAAGGACACAUUGCAUCCCAAUGUUCAAAUCAAAAUAAUUCACAAAUUACAACGUCAAAGGAAAAUAAAGUCAUAUCUACCCACAACACGGCUUCAAAAUUAGAUGACACUAAAAAAACAGACAUUACCCCAAUAGUAGCUCACCCCUUACUGGACAACAAAACAUCUCCAAUAGAAGCAUCCAAUAUACAGCCUUUGUAA